UCUCGUAACCUCCGAACGUUUGCUAUUUGUUUACUUGGUCGACAGGAACGUGAGCAAAAUAGUGAAGAAGUAUUUUUUUUUCAUAAUAUUGUUGGAUGGGAAUCACACAAAUAUGUCAGCAAGUGGAGAAAAGCAAUACGGAUUAAUCCUGCCAUCGAAGAAUAAAGCACAAACUCAGGCUCUCAAUGUCCGGAAAUUGAAUCCCUUACUCGACUCAGAUGAUGAGCUCGAGCAAGAUGAAGAGUCUCCACUGAAUUGGGUUGAGGCUUCUCUAAAGAAAUCAGCAGGAAAUUCUGGUCAGCAAGCUCUGCAGCGACGCAUGUUACGAGAAGCUGUAGCAGAAGAUGCAUCUGUGUUCCAGUAUGAUGAAGUUUAUGAUGAGAUACAAGCUUCAAAGACAGCUGAAGUGGCUGCAAAGAAACAGAACACUGAUAAAAAGCCAAAAUAUAUCCACAACAUCUUGAAGCAUGCUGAGAAGCGUAAACUGGAAGGGGAGCGUCGGAAAGAGAGGCAAGUUCAAAAGGAGCGUGAAAUGGAAGGUGAAGAAUUUGCUGAUAAGGAGUCAUUUGUCACAGCCUCUUAUCUCAAGAAAAUGGAAGAAUUAAAACAAGCAGAAGAGAAAGCUAGGCUUGAAGAACUACAGGAAGAACACAUUGAUGUAAUGAAGCACAAGAAUUUUGGUGUAUUCUACAACCACCUUUUCAAGCAAAAAAUGGGAGAAUCUGCUAUAAAAAAGGAACCAGAGGAAACUGUCAUCAAGAAAGAACCAAACAGUGAUGGUGCAGCCGGCAAUGGAGAGACAGAAAUUAUACGGCGACAGGAUGAUAACAGGCGUCAGAAACAUUAUCGGACCCAGCGAGAUUUGAGUGAGUCUCCUGAGCGAGAGGUGCGAGGACAGAACAAAGUGGCAAGACGCAAUGCACCCUCUUCAGAUUCAGAGGAAGAGGAGAAGGUCGAGUCAUACAGAGAGAGAAGAGAGAGGCUAAAAGCAGCAGAAGACAAAAAGGACAGACCUGAUGAUAGGUCUAGGGGAAGGAGCAACUCCAGAGAAAGGAGAAGGGAAAGAAGUAUUUCACAUGAGAGGAGGAGAGAGCGAAGCAGGUCCAGGGAACGGAGAAGAGAAAGGAGUCACUCACGAGAGAGGAGGAGGGAAGGCAGCCAUUCAAGAGAGAGAAGAAGGGAUGUGGAGAAAACCUGGGAAAGAGGAAGAGGAUAUGACAGGACAAGAGAGCGGAAAUUUGGAAGGGAUAGGUCGCAGGAGAGAGAAAGAUCCAACAGGGGCAGACACAGAUCAAGAUCAAGGGAUCGCCAUGCUAGACACAGCAGGUCAAGAAGUCCACAACGAAGAAAGGCUGGUGAGCGACGAUCUCGUUCACCGCAGAGGCUAUCAAGGAGUCGUGAAAGGGUGAAGAUUAAAGAGGAACCAAAAUUUCCAGACAGGAGAGAGAGUACAAAGGAAAACAACAAAAAUGAGAAGCGUAGUACAGACAAGUCUAAAGAUGGGAAGGUGGAUAAUAAGUCACAGAAAGAAGGAGAUGCUAAGGUGAGACAGGAUUCGUAAACUCUUUGAGAAACGAACUGUUGGGGAGAAGUUUGACUUCGCACUGCAGAGAUAUUAUGAGAGGAAAGCUGCAAGAGAAGCACAGGGUUAAAACGCAAACCCAUGUUAGUACAAGUUUGUCCAUUUGAAUUUUCAUAUACCUCUGCUUUUGAUGGCAGUGUCCAUUUUGGUUGUUUUUGAAUAUUUUUUUUUGAAAGUAUAAACUGUUUAAAGAGCUUAGUAGGAAAGGAACUUUUGAACUUAUCAAAUGUUAUAUGUGGAAAUUUUGAUAAGCUUGUUAAUAUACAUGAUAACUUGUAUAUUUAUUUGUAUGCAGCAUUUCCUAUAAGAAUCUUGAUACUAGUUA